GGGAGGCCACGGCCGAGGCAGGGCGUCCCAGCACGGGGCAGGGAGGGACUACAUUUCCCAGAAGCCUCCGCGCACACUUCCGCUUCCGGCUCUUUUGUCUGGACGGGCUUUACUCGCGGCAACUCUGUCCUAGCGGUGCUCCCUUAAAGUGACCUGCUCGGUGUCUGGACCGGGGAGGAGCAGACGCUGGACGGGGGUGUGUGUGUCCAGCAGUGGGUUGUCAGGCGUGGGGGGGGGGGGGUCUCACCGCGUCCCACUGGGGUUCUCCCAGGGCCUGCUGACCUGACCAUAAUCCCUUCUUCUGGAGUCGGGGUGCCGUCUGUCUGGGCUCGGCCACCUCGACCCUGCCCCUCUGCUCUGGCUUUUGUGUGUACGUGACGGUGGUGUGUACGUGUGCUUAACGUCUGGGAUACCUCAGGUCCUUUGUUGGGAAACGGGCUGCGCGCCCGCAUCGCCUGAAGCGCUUGGCUGGAAGGCGAGGCAGGUAGGGCCCAAGGCUCUCCGUGCUGCCAGGUCGGAGACCAACGCGCGCCUGCCCUUGUGCCUUUGCAACCCACGGCGUGGUGGAACCAUUGCGUAGACUCAGUAUUGACGUGAGACGCUGUGGACGUAAGGGAUCUGUGUGUCUACAGCUCGAGAAAGCGGUUAUUGCAUAGUGAUGGAACCGUAAGCAUACCGAACGUCGCAUCCCCCGUGUCGUAUCCGUCAAGUGAAGUUUACUGUUCCUACCUUUUAAGUGGGGAUUGUGAAGGUUAGAUGGAAAUUUGAUAUGGGACAGUUGAGACAGCGCCAGGCACUAAGUAAGGGCUGGAUCAGUAGUAGCCAUUAUUAAUAGUCGGUAUCCCCCUUCCCACUUGUACAUAAAAAGAAACAGAAACCCAGGGAGGAAAAGUUACUUGCUCUGGGUCACCGAGCCAGCUGGUACAUAGUAGAAAUGAGAACCCGGGUGCCUUCACUCCCGGUGGGCCGCUUGCCAUCAUGGCCUGCACUUGUGUGUCCUAAAGGCACGUUGGUAACGGUAUCUUCACUCGUCUGUGAUCAUCUAUGUUCCUGGGUGUCUGUCUCUGCAGGGCCCUGGGGUAAAAGUUACAUUGAGACUCCCCUGUGAAUAGGGCUUCCUGAAGCCUGAGUGUCGGCUGAACUUCUUGGCUUUAGUCUUCGCUCAAAAUAGACUGCUUCAGACUCCCUGAUUACUGUGACGAGGGGGGGGUCUCAGAGCAUGAAAAAGAAGAAUUCAGUCCAGAAUCUCUUGCCGGAGUUUCUGGGAGAAUGUUGGUAAAUCCCCAGGAGGACGCAUGGAGGAUUUGGGUGAGGUCGCUCUACGGAGAUGGUGGUGUGGAGGCUGUGGUUCAGGAGCAGCAGAUCUGCAAACCCCAGAACAGAGCAGCCUUGUAAAAUGUGUGUGGGCAGGUCUGACACGCGUCAUCAACUUCCCCAUUUGUAACAAAUGAUUUAUGGAAAGCGUCCGGUACAUGUUCUGCCAUCUUGGGACUCUGCCCUUUUCUAAAAGAGGUCUCUUGAGGAGAAUAUGGCUGCUGUUGGGGCAACAACGUCUCAGAACCACUUGCCGGUGUUUCAAGACUUUGUGUCAUUCAAGGAUGUGGCUGUGAACUUCACUGAGGAAGAAUGGAAAGAACUAGACCCUGUGCAGAGAGUCUUGUACAGGGAUGUAAUGCUGGAGAACUACAGGAACCUGGUCUCCUUGGGAUUUCCAUUUUCUAAACCUGAUAUCAUCUCCCAGUUGGAACAAGCAGUAAAUCCAUGGAUGCAGGAGGGAGAGGUACUGAGAAGCAGCUGCACACAGGAGACAACCACGGCUCAGAAAAGGAAAGUCACCGGCCUACUCAGAAGCGGUGUGGAGCUGAGACUUAAACUCAGCUAGUCUGGCUCAAGACUCUUAACCCUUUGGCGACGCUGCCUCUUUGCACGUGUGGGAUGUAUGUGCGGCCCUGAGAUCAGUUGAGGAAGGCUGCUGGGCAUGCCAGUCACCAGGGCAUGUGGUAACUGAAUGGAACUACUUGCUAGGUAAGGAUAACGGAUGCAUAAGUGACUGGGUGGGACCACAGAUCUCAGAACUUGCUUUUCUCCAUGUUACGCAACCCGGUAGCCUUAGGGAAGACAAGCUGCCAAGAGUAGAGAGCUUCUAUAUUGGCUUAGAGGCUAAGCUCGGAGUGAGAGUGCGCUUCACAUUGAAUACCAUCCAGGGGCGCCUGGGUGGCUCAGUUGGUUGAGCGUCCGACUUGGGCUCAGGUCGUGAUCUCGCGGUCUGUGAGUUCGAGCCCCGCGUGGGGCUCUGUGCUGACGGCUCAGAGCCUGGAGCCUGCUUCGGAUUCUGUGUCUCCCUGUCUCUCUGCCCUCCCCCACUCAUGCUCUGUGUCUCUCUGUCUCAGAAAUAAAUAAACAUUAAAAAAAAAAAAAAAAGAUACCAUCCGAAGGGAGCCUCAUUGGCUGGGACAGUCUUGUCUGGGAUUUGUUCCUAUCCAGGCUCCAAAAGAGAGUGUUCUGGACCAAGGUGCCCUCUCUAAUAUACUCCAGGUUAUGAUGCCUACUUAGGCAACUGCUGUAAGUGUAAUAAGGUAUUAAAUAGCAUACUGGAAAAUCAGAGAGUGGUUUUCCUUGGAUAGAACAGCCCAAAUUUACUUAACUAGCCCUUUUUAGAGAGGCCAACGUUUUUGACAGCUCCUAUGUGGUCCUUACGACUCAUGACUGUGACAAGGUCAGGGGCCUCUUAAGAGUAGAGGCGGGGGCUGGGUGGCUUAGUUGGUUAAGCAUUGGGCUCUUGAUCUCAGCUCAGGUCUUGAUCUCAGGAUUGUGAGUUCAAGCCCUGCAUUUCAAAAAAAAAAAAAAAAAAAAAAAGUACUGAUUGUUCUUUCUGAAGAGAGCCUUCUGAAUCGUGCCCCCUAGCCCUCCUUUGUACUUGGUGAUUGACCCAGCAAUAACCACACAUGAGAAGGGAUUCAGAGGCAUCUCUGUGGCGUAAAUUCAAGAGGCCAGAGAUGAGUUCCAAGAAAUUAGGAAAAGAACGCAGAAAUCCUUGAGAUAUGUUUUCCUUUUACUUCUCGUCAUUUUAAGAGUAUGGCCUGUGCUUCCUGUGACGCUUCGAAAUUAUUCCUAAUCCAGUGUUGUGUGGAUUUAUGUCAUUAUCCCCUGCUCAUGAGGAGGGGAAAGGUCUCCAACAGAGGAGGAAAAGGCUUGAAAAUCACAGAUGAGUUAGGGGAGUCCUUUCCUCCAAAGCUGAUCCAAGUUGCAGGCAGUGUCUUUUAAUGCUUUAGUUCCCUUCCCUCUCACGAAAGGCUCUUUGCUUUCUAUGUUGGCUAUAAAGGUUGUCCAACUUCUCUGCUAUUUGGGUAGGAGAUUUCUUUUUUGUAUCCCUUUAGCCUGCUUUCCUCGUGGACCCCGAAAAAGAGUUGCCGGUGAUUAUUUUUCACUUUUAAAAUGUGCCCUCAGGUUUUCUUUCUUGGGAAUGCUCACACGCACUUAGUUCACUGGCGUCUUGUUCCUGUUUCUGGACGAACCCAACCUUUCUCACUGUAAUCUCUCGUUCACGAACCAGGUGGAGGCGUGAAACCCUUUUCCCCUUAGACAGCCCUACCUGUUUAGGUGAUAAAGACAGAAAUUAAUCACCUUUCUCCUGCCUUUCCUGUUUUGGCGUAGCUGCUCUUUGACAUUGAGUUGACCGCGGGGGGGGGGGGGCGGGGGGGGAGGUAAUGAGGGACAUUUGGGAGUUGUCAUGGAGACCAGAUGGGGACUAGGAGGGUAGGAAGGGGGCAGAGAGGAAACACUACACCUGCUGAUUGGCUAGGAAGCCACACAGUUGCUUCCCGGGUAAAUGUCCCCCCAUUGCAGAGACAGAGGGAUGGGAAAGGAGGUGGGGCAUGGUUCCCCUUCCUCCAAGGGAAGACCCUGUAACGGGCCGUUGGGGUGGGAGCACUUGACCGUGGCCACUUUGGGUCCAGCACCCUUUGAAGAACAAGCUCCCAGGCAGGAGGGAUCCUUAUAACACAGGGGAAGGGAACAACACCCCAGAGGGAGCCUGGGUUGUGUCCCACCCCCUGGCAGCGUAGCUCCUUCCUGCUGCACACCUUGAUAGCUUGGGGUAGGGGUGUUUGGGGACUGGGCUGAACCUAUCCCUCUGCAAACCCAGGUAUCUGCCUCCUGCCUCAGUUUCCCUCCUCCCAGUGAUUAGCCAGGUUGGAUCGCCAGGCCCUGUUAGGAGCCUGGCCCACUUCAAAGUGAGUAGUUGGCAUAACAUGCCAUAUUUUAGCCAUUGUGUGGGCUGCAGGCCUUCAGAGACUGCAGGGAUCACUGUGGGCUGGCCCUAGCCAAAAAGACCCUUUCUAGGCCACAGAAAUCAACCUAAGAUGAUGAGCAUCGAGGCUACCAAUGUUUUGUCUCUUGAAGGCAAUCAGCCCCCAAGACAAAUAGCCCCUGCACCCCACAAUCAUGCUGGGUUUGCACAAUAACCUAAAGAUCUGUCUACCAAGAAUGCCAGCUUGGCCUUAAGCCCACGGCGGGCCUCACUCAGGGAUGGGUAGGGUCUGGUCUGUAACUUUACAAAAUAUUUACAGACUAGUUUGUAUCGAGUAAUGCUUUAAA